AUGGCCCUCUGCAGCAGCAACAUGGAGGACAGUGUUCCCGUAGCCAUCGACCUGGCGGACCUUGGCCACAUGCUUGCCCGACGCCAGCAGGCUCUUCACCCGCUUGGCCCGCCCGGCCCGGGCCGCCUUCCGGCGACGGUGCUGUACAAGGCCUCGGUGGUCAAGGUCCUCACUACCUAUCAGCAAGUCGAUUUCGAUGUGCCGUGGCAGUCAUGCAGGCCGUCGUCGUGCUCGGGUUCCGGCGUGUGCAUCGAAGGCGGGCUGAUCCUCACUGCUGCCCAUGUUGUGGCUGACGGUACCUUUGUCCAGCUGCAGAAGAGCUCGGAUCCGGGCAAGGCCGUAGCCGACGUCGUGGCUGUCUGCCACGAGGCUGAUCUGGCGCUGCUCAAGGUGGUGGACGACGCGUCGCCGCCGGGCUUUCUUGACGACGUGCCGCGGGCUGUCCUCGGUGCGCCCGACUUUCUGCCCUCGCUCCGCUCCAAGAUCUCGCUGGUGGGCUUUCCGGUCGGCGGGCACGAGCUCUCGAUCACCGACGGUGUCGUCUCGCGCAUCGAAGUCCAGAGCUACACUCACUCUUCGCGGCGGCUGCUGGCCAUCACCGUCGACGCGGCGAUGAACUCGGGCAACUCGGGCGGGCCGGCCUUUCUCCGCGACACCAUCCUUGGCAUCGCCAUCCAGGGCAUGGACGACGCGCAGAACAUCGGCGAGAUUGUGCCGACUUGCAUCAUCCACCACUUUCUCCGCUGCUACUUUGACGGCCUGCCGAACGUCUUUCCCAUCCUCGGCAUCAUUCACCAGACGCUCGAGGCGCCGCAGCUGCGGCGGGCCAAGGGCAUGACCGACGACAUGACCGGCGUCCUCGUAGCCAAGACUCUGUACGAGAUGUCGGCCUGGGAGCGGCUGCUCCCGGGCGACGUGCUGCUGGCCAUCGGCGGCAACCGCAUCCACAACAAUGGCACCGUUCUGUACGCAGGCAAGUUCCGCACCUUUUUCUCCGUCCUCUACCACGAGUUUUACGUCGGCGACGUGCUCGCCAUCGAUGUCCUCCGCGACGGCGUCGUCGUCUCGGUCGACGUCGAGCUCAAGCCGUACGCUCGGCUCGUGCCCAAGCAACAGUACGACAUCAAGCCAGUCUACUUUAUCUACGGCGGGCUCGUCUUCCAGCCGCUGACCCGUGGCCUCCUCGAGACCUGGGACGACUGGCGCGAGACCGCGCCCAAGGACUUGCUCUACCACUACAAGUGCGGAGUGCGGACGCCCGAGCUCGAGGAGCUCGUUGUCUUUUCGGGCAUCCUCUCCGACUCGAUCAACUACGGCUACGACGACUAUGAGCACGCCAUCAUCUCUUCGGUCAACGGCGUCAAGGUCGCAUCUGUUCGCGACUUUGUCACCAAGCUCGAGACCGCUAUCGCCGGCGGCUCCUCCACCAUCUCCAUCCGCACCGACAACGACAUCAUCCUGUUCUUUGACGUUGACGAGGUCGCUGCCAAGCAGCCGGCCAUCCUUGAUCGCUACAAGGUUCCCUUUGACCGCUCCAUCCACCUCCGCGAUGAAUGAACGCAACAGCCGUGCAUC